UACCUUGUAUUAUGUCAUAUUGCUACCACCAGCAUAUACACAUACCUUGGCUUGCUGACGGGCGAGCUGUCAGGUAGCCCGCCACUCGAUCGGGGAUUAAGUUGCAGACUGCGAAGAAGGACGGACGCGAAUCUUACAACUGGCGACGAUUGGAAAAAUCGAGGAAAUUAGAGAUGGAGGAAUCGCGAGCUGUUCCACCCUUUCGUUGCGAUAGGAUCGAAACGGGAAAGCUUGCUCGGGAGUGGAAAGCGUGGAAAGAGUCCCUAGAGUGUUACUUUGCUGCCUAUGACAUAACCGAUCAAAAGGUUAUGCGUGCGAAGUUGCUCCACCUGGGCGGCACUGCCUUGCAGUCGGUUUUCAAGAACCUUAAAGACCACGACCACGUCCCACUAGUAGCACUUGUUCCACGAUGGUACGAUGUGGCGGUGGAGAAACUCGAUGAAUUUUUCGAGCCACGGCAUCAAAGUACCUCCGAGCGCAGAAAGCUCCGGCUGAUGAAGCAGAACCCUGGUGAGAGGUUUGCGGACUAUAUCAUCCGACUCAAGCAGCAAACUGCCGAAUGCGGAUUUGAGAAAUACGGAGCCGAGAUCGAAGAAGUUUUGAAGGACAUUUAUCUUACCGACGCUGUGGUCGAAGGAUGCUCUUCGAAUGAAGUACGCAGGAUGAUUUUGCUAAAGGAUUUACCCUUCGCGGACAUUGAAGCGAUUGGUAUGACCCAAGAAAGUGUGGAUCAGCAGAUGGUUGAGAUUACUUCGACCCAGUCGGCAUCUCGCUCAGGAGAGAAAAUAUUUAGCGUUCACCCACAAUCUCGGGACCGCCGUGCAGCUCCCAGGAAUGACACCAACACCACGUGGCAGAUGAAGACAUGUUUCAAUUGUGGCCGUACUGGACAUUUUUCAACUGCUUCAAAAUGCCCAGCUCGCGGGAAAGAAUGCCGCAACUGUAAAACACACGGCCAUUUCGAGAAGCAAUGUCGUAAACGAAAGUUGCUGCACACAGGACCCUCGGAGAGGAAGCAGGUUCGGGUGAUUGAAACCGUCAGCACGGACAACGCUCUACGUGUCGAGCCACUUGAGAAUGAAUACAAAGAAAACUCUACGCCGGAUAAGGUGUACUACGCCUUUUACUCUGGUAACGAGUCCAAUGUGCUUACCUGCGUCGUCGGUGGUAUCCCAACGCAGAUGUUGGUUGAUUCUGGCGCUGAUGCCAACUUGAUUAGUGAGGUGGCGUGGACGAAAAUGAAAAAGGACAACGUUGCGGUGUACUCUUCAAUGAAAGGAAGCAAUCGGGUGCUGCGGGCGUAUGGAAGCAACAAUCCUUUGACCAUUUUGGGAUCCUUCGUUGCAGAUAUAUCAGUGGGUGUUAAGACCGUUCAAGCUGAAUUUCUCGUCGUUAAAGGCGGUCAACGGUGCCUUCUCGGGGACUUGACGGCAAAGCAACUUGAAGUGUUGCAUGUUGGACUGCCCGUUAAUCGUGUCGAGAUUGCUGCGCGUCCAUUCGGAAAGAUCAAGGGAAUCAAGGCUUACAUUCACAUGGACCCCGAAGCUGUUCCUGUAUUUCAACCUAUGCGCCGGAUCCCUUUGCCGUUGGAGGAGGCUGUCGCCAAGAAAAUUGAUGAAUUACUGAAGCGUGAUAUCAUCGAGGUCAAAAAGGGUCCCACCAGCUGGGUAUCUCCUCUGGUUGUCGUAGGAAAAGCAAACGGCGAACCGCGAUUGUGCGUUGAUCUUCGGCGAGUGAACGAGGCCGUUCUCCGCGAGCAUCACCCGAUGCCGGUCGUUGAGGACUACAUUGCGCGAUUGGGAAGAGGAUCUGUUUGGAGCAAGCUAGAUAUUCGUGAGGCGUUUCUGCAAAUCGAACUAGCAGAAGAUUCUCGAGACGUUACAACUUUUAUGACUAACCGUGGACUAUUCCGCUUUAAGCGAUUGCCGUUUGGCUUGGUAACGGCACCAGAGCUUUUCCAAAAAGCUAUGGACGAGAUGUUGGCAGACUGUAGCGGAACCUAUUGGUACAUCGAUGACAUCAUCGUCGAGGGAAAGGACGUCGAAGAACACGAUGAUCGUCUGGAGAAGGUACAUUGAUCUGCAGAUUAUUUGAUAAAGCUUUAUUUCUUGUUUCUUUUCAAUUCUUAUAUAAAAUAAACUAAAUUUCUCGAACUUAACUCCUAUCGUUAUGAAAUAAAUAUAACUGGGUCUUAGUAAGUGUUUUGUUUCUAGGUUCUUUCUAGAUUGAAGGAUAGGGAAGUUGAGCUCAAAUGGGAAAAAUGUCAACUGCGCGUGGACGAAUUGGAAUUCUUGGGGUAUCACAUCUCCAAACAGGGAAUUAGGCCUU